CAUUGGUCCAGCAGCCACUUUCACCUGCGCGGAGCCCAAAGCCCGAAGCCCAGUCUUGGAGGCCGUGGUCCUCAGCACAAGUGGUCCCCCGCCCUCGGCCAGGCAAGAUGCCCCUGGGGCUGCGGGUGAAGAAGAGAGGCAAGUCCAAGGAGACCUACCGGCUUGUGGAGGGUGAGCAGGCGGGCGCUUACGGUGGCAGCCCCCCGGCACCCCCGGUUGCCCGACCCAGGCUGGUUUUCCACACGCAGCUAGCCCACGGCAGCGCCACGGGCCGAGUGGAGAGUUUCUCCAGCAUUCAGGAGCUCUACACCAAGAUCGCAGGCGUGUUUGAGAUCUCGCCUUCCGAGAUCUUAUAUUGCACUUUAAACACACCGAAAGUUGACAUGGAAAAACUCUUAGGAUCACAAAUAGGUCUUGAAGAUUUUAUAUUUGCCCAUGUGAAAGGGAUAAAAAAAGAAGUGAGUGUGUAUAAAUCUGAGGAUGCACUUGGUCUCACCAUUACAGAUAAUGGUGUUGGCUAUGCUUUUAUUAAGAGAAUUAAAGAUGGCAGCAUAAUUGACUCAGUUAAAACUAUCUGUGUGGGAGAUCACAUUGAAUGUAUAAAUGGAGAAAAUAUUGCUGGCUGGCGUCAUUUUGAGGUUGCUAAGAAGUUAAAGGAAUUAAAAAAGGAAGAAUUCUUUACCUUGAAGUUAAUAGAACCUAAGAAAGCAUUUGAAAUAGAGCCAAGGUCAAAAGCUGGAAAUUCUUCAGCAGGAAGAAUUGGUACCAAAAGGGAGACACUUCGCCUGAGAUCCAAAGGUCCGGCCAUCGUGGAAGAAAUGCCCUCUGAAACCAAAGCCAAGGCAAUUGAAAAGGUUGAUGAUCUUCUUGAAUCGUACAUGGGAAUUCGAGAUACUGAUUUAGCUUCCACAAUAUUUGAAGCUGGAAAGGACAAAAGAAAUCCGGAUGAAUUUGCUGUGGCACUUGACAAAACUCUCGGAGACUUUGCGUUCCCAGAUGAAUUUGUCUUUGAUGCUUGGGGAGCCAUUGGCGAUGCCAGACAAGGAUGAUGGUGAUGUGGAUGGUCCGCUACUGGGGAAAUGAGCUGUUCUUCCUUAAAAAAAAAACAAAACCCUGUAAGACCUGCUUUUGGUCACUGUUAUGGACUCUGGUUUGGUUUUAUGUGCAUGGAAUACAUUCUUCGAAAUGAUAUUUUUGAUUUCUGGGUACUUUUUAAUGCAGUUGAAUGUGUAGUACGCUUAAGAUAAAUUACAUAAAGCUUGAUCAAUUUUAAUAUUCAUUCAAAUUUAUUUUUAAAGUAAGUUUUAGGGAGUAUUUCUAGGUAGAGGAUAUUGAUUUCCAUUAAUAUUCAUGUUUUGUUUUCCACAUGUAAAGUUGAUUGUAGUAGCUUUAUAGUUCUUUUGCAUAAUCUUAAUACAGUGAAAAUUAGGACUGGAGUACAAUUUGCUUCAUAGCAUUUUCAUUUUGUUAUACUGGCUGGAACAGAACAUGUUCAGGGAAUGAAAUGUGAAUUAUACCUACUAUAGGUCUAGAAGAACUGUUUUAAUUUUUAAUCCACAGAGUAAGGGAAGGAACUAUAGCCUGUUGAUGUCUAUGGUCUACUUUCUCUGUGUAAAACAAGAAUUGAUUGACUUUUAUUUUUUACUUCUUUGAAAACUGCUUCUUAAAACCUGUUGUUGAAAUCCAUUGUGCUGGGUAAUUGUUUGCAGGUGUAGAAGAAGGGUCAAGGGCAGAACUCAUACUUGAUGUUGGUAAAACAGUUCUUAAAAACGUUAUUUCUUUUUCCAUCCAUACCUACUUUUUUAAUGUUACUCAUUAUAAACACUCCAGGGAAAAGUAGAACUUUUCUUUCAAAAGAGAUUUACUCAGAAAACAAGUAUGUUUGAGAGCACUUUUUGGGUAAAAGAGCAACACGUUUAAGCCCCCUAAACUUUAGAGCAGAUACUGUUAGAAAUAGAUUUCCCUCGAGUAGAAGUAAAGGAGGAAGGGAGGAUUGAGAACACACAAUAGCCUAUUAUCUUAGAGUUCUAGCAGAUGCUCCUUAAAACCUUACAUUAUUGAGAAAAUUGAGGGCAAGUGAUUAUCUUAUUGCUUUCACUUGACAUUUUACAGAAGUAAGAGAAAUGGAAACGAGUAGUUUCCACAAAGGUCAUGUAAGAAGGCAGAGCCUGGCGCAACCAAGCAUUUCCCCGAAGUGCUGGAAGGACAAUGCUGUGAGCUGCCGUGGCGAUCAGAAAUCAGAGCCUGCGAGGGGUGUGUUCUAGGAAACCGGAAGUCGUUCGCUUCUCAUGCUGGACUCAUGUUUCCAUAACUCUUGUUUUCUGCUGCAACUUAACUUUUACUGUCAUCCACUUCCCAUUCACGUAAGUUCAAUGCUGUGUAGCCGAUACUUGGCCUCAUUGAUCCAAAACCUGCACAGAAGCUGUUUUAGUCAUUAACGUGUAACAAAAAGUAAUUACAGAAUGUGGGUUGUCUUCUUGCUCUUGCCUAUCAUUUGAAAACAGGAUCCAGCUCAGGCUGUAGUUUGUUGCUAGUUGUUGUUUUUUUUUUAAAUGGAGGUCCACGAGUGCCUAUUAAUCUUAAUAUCUCCUCUUUUAGAAGGCAACAUCCUAAAAAGAAUAUUUUUAGGGACAGGAAAGUUAUUGGAUGACUCAGGAGGUCCAUAGAGACAUUUUCGUUUGGACAACAAAAUAAAUUUCUUGGCACAAGAAGUCCAAUUUGAGAUGGUGAGGAUUGUUUAUUAACAGAUAUCAGUUUCUUUUUCCUUUGUGUGCAUGCCUGAAGAUUGACACGUGGUGCUGAUACCCUGUGAUUGGUGGAAUCCCUAACUCACAGAGUGAGUGUGCUCACCAUGGUCUCUCUGUGACUUUGGUGUGUAGGGACUGAUGCUUGUAUACAGUAGUAACUGUAAUUGUCAGCACUAAAUGGGCAGUUAUCAAUAAUAAGGGCUUCAGCUGAGCACCGGUGCUUUAAUAUUAACAGACUUUUUCCUUCAAAUGUGUUUAUCUCUUAACCUCUAUUGCUAAACUGGUAGCGAGGUCAGUUUCUUCACCUCAUCUUGUUCCCUUACCUGAAAAUACAUCUACCUGUGAACUUUGUGACUUUUGGUGACUCAGUGCUCAAAAGGAGCACACUCUCUUUUUCGUUGUCACAGUCUAAUAGUGUGGGCUACCCAUCCACUGUGGCAACAAGACUGUUCACAUAUGUUUUAAAAUAUGCCAUUUCAUUGGCAUCACUAAACAUUUUCAGAAGGCCUCUGUUGUUUUCUCUUUUUCUGUGGUCCUUGCCCCCCUGCCCCACCUCUACCUUGGCCUAGUGGAGAAUGAUUAUUUUAUUCUUGAUUUCCUUCCAUGCAAAACAGCAUCUUUCAUUGGAUGCAGAGAACACGCUGUAUGUUUUCUUCAUGGCAGAGCAUGUAGAUGAUGAUUGACAUUAGGCUCAAUGGGGCUUUGAUUAUAGCUUGGUCCUCAUAAAAUUUACACAUUCUGAUGCUUACAAAUAGGUGCAUUUGGGUUUUUGUGAUGUUUCGAAAAUAUAUAACUAUAUGGUGUGCAACUCUUAAAAAAUAACAGAUGUUCUUUUUUCUAAUUACUUUUUUUGAAAGAUUUAAUUUAUCUUUUAGAGAGAGGGGAAGGGAGAAAGAAAGAGAAGGAGAGAAGCAUCAAUGUGUGGUUACUUCUUGCCUGCCCCCUACUGGGGAUUUGGCCUGCAACCCAGGCAUGUGCCCUGACUGGGAAUCAAUCCAGCAGCCCUUUGGUUUGCAGGCUGGCACUCAAUCCACGGAGCCACAUCAGCCAGGGCUGUUGUGCAACUCUUUAAGAAUUCAAUUAUAAAAGCAGUAAUUAGUUAAUUGCUUAGGGUUUCUAUAUGUAAUCUGUUUGGGGCUGCCAUAGUCAAUAUUACAAUAUGACUAAAUCAAGAUAAUUAACUAAAUAGAGAUAACUUCAUUUUUCCAAGUGAUUUUUAAGUUGCAAUAUUUCCCCUGUAACUUUAACAAAUGGAUAUUUCUCAAGUAAAGCAUGCUUUAUGUAGGUCCAUGUUGUUGUUAUAGGCUUUCAUCAAGUCUAGAGAGAGCCUUUGUGAUAGGUCAGCUAUUGCUGCCUGUAUAGCAUAGCAGCAAAAUGAAUUUCAUUGGCAAAUGAUGUUUUCAAAAUGAUGGAUCUUCUUGAUUGAGCAGUUAUCCAUCAAAGGUAUAAAAAAUUGAUCAUAUAAUGACUCUUUUACUUUCUGAUACAUCUAAAAAUAUAUGGGUGCCAAUAGCAUUACUAUUAUUCUGGUGGAAGUAAUAGGUUAGAAGCGGUAAGUGAAUAAGGAGAGAGGAGAAGCUCAUAACUCCCAGUCCCAAGUAUUAGUACUGUGUGUAAAGUGCACAUUUAUUAUCUUCUUGGCAUAAACUAAAAGAGGUAUCAGAGUAAUGACAAGUCCUUACACUUAUCAUGGUUAUAAAAUGUUUCUAAGAUUGUGAAGGUACAAAUGGCACAGCCUGUCCCUACCUAUUACUUGAAAACCCAGUUCUAAGAAAUGACUUAUGGUUAUUAUUGGUUAGGAGGAUCAAAAUUGGAUAUGACAUCUUUAUUUUAAUGGGAGACAUUAAGUCUCUGUAAGACUUAAGCACAGCUAUAAAUAUUUUUUGAAACUGUAAUAGAAAAGGAAAUGAAAAAAUUCUGAAAGGUGGUUUUAAGAAAAUAUUUAAUAUUUUGAACUCUUUGUGCCAUGCAAAAGUAUUGGCUAUAUACGGAUUAAGUAUUUCACUUUUUGUUUUGGAAAAAAGAAAGUUUUUCUA